AUGCGUGAAAUUGUUUUAGAUACGGAGACAACAGGACUCGAUCCUCAAACAGGGCACCGCAUGGUGGAAAUUGGUUGUGUAGAGCUUUUCAACCAUUUGCCAACCGGAAAAACGUAUCACGUUUAUAUCAACCCAGAAAGAGACAUGCCCCAGGCUGCGUUUGAAGUUCAUGGCCUUUCGGAAGAGUUUUUUCGGGAACAUCCCGUUUUUAAAGAAGUUGCUCAGGGGUUUUUAGAUUUUAUUCAAGAAGACACCUUGAUCAUACAUAAUGCGGCUUUUGAUAUGAAAUUUUUGAAUGCCGAGCUUCAAAGAGCGAGUUUUCAACCCCUUUCUUUUGGGCGUGUUAAGGACACCUUAAAAAUCGCUCGAAUGAAGUUUCCUGGUUCUCCAGCCAGCUUAGAUGCUUUAUGUCGUCGAUUUGGUGUGGACAACUCAAAUCGCGAUAAACAUGGAGCACUUUUAGACUCAGAACUUUUAGCGGGGGUUUAUUUAGAGCUUAUUGGAGGGCGUCAACCUGGAUUUUCUCUUGACACUCAAGAGGGUAGAGUUGGGAUCAAGGUACAAAAAGAAGAAGAUUACAAUGAAGUUUUGACGCGUAAAGCGCGCCCAAGACGUUCCCCUACCUCUUUAUCGCCUCAUGAACAAAAUGCUCACAAGGCAAUGUUAGAAAAGCUAAAGUCUCCUAUUUGGAAGCAACUUUCUUUUUAG